AUGUCUUCCUUGCUUCUCAGGAGUUUCGUCGUUUGCAAACAAGACUGUGCAUCAGUAGCCUCGGAUUCAGCCACCAAGUCCACUGUGCAUAGAAGGACUGUCACCCUGUGGCGUCGACACGAGAUCGCUGCCUCGAGGACGACCUUGGAGGGAUGUCAUUUUCUAUUCCUUUCCGUACAAUCUUUUUUUUGGCACCUUGGCAGACGAUUUGCUCUUUCUUACGCCAAUUUUAGCAGACGUGUUGGUACGUACUGGUUUGGUGGCUGCGACGCCCAGAUCAGCCGGUACGAGAUAUCAGAAAAAGGACUGCCCACAUCCUCCAAUCGAAAGCCCACAAGCAUCCGAUUAACUCAACAAACUCAACUCACAAUGCAAUUCCGCACUGCUCUCGUUCCUCUCGCUCUCAGCGCCCUUGCUGCCGCCACAACGACCGUCACGGUCACCGCUCCUUCUCCUCCGGUCUCGACCCCGAUACCCGCCAGUCAAUGCAACACUGGUCCCGUUCAGUGCUGCAACUCAGUCCAAGCCGCGAACUCAGGUGGUCUCCUUAGCCCUGUGACCUUGAUCCUCGGCCUCCUUGGCUUGGUCGUUCAACCGGUCAAUGCCAUUGUCGGCCUUACCUGCAACCCCAUCAGCGUGAUCGGAAUUGGUGGCAACUCUUGCACCGCUCAGCCUGUCUGCUGCCAGAACAACAGCUUCAACGGCCUCAUCGCCAUUGGCUGCACUCCCGUCAACCUCAACCUUUAA